AUGGCUGAACAGCCACGCCUUGUUGCAGGGGUUGAUUUUGGCGUGACAAAGUGUGGCUCGUUAGUUGUGACAUAUCAUUGCCGAAACAACCGGACUAUCAAGGAAUGGCGUCCGAAUGGCCGCGACUCAAUCAUCCCAACCUUGGUCUCUUACCAUCCUCAUACCCAGAAUCUGCACCGCUGGGGCCACAAGGUUGCUGGGGUCCCCUCGACUGAGUUAGUGGACUGGGAAAUAUUUGGAAAUGCCAAACUUCCCGGCGUCGGCAGAAACGCGAUACAGCCCCAGGAUGCUAUCAGAGAUUUCCUGGGGGCCCCGGGCGACGCAUUUCGCGCGGAUCAAACCAUCCUCCAAGACAUUGGACUCAGCCAACUCCCCCCUAUUGACUGGUACUUUGCAAUGCCGGACUGCUGGACGGUAGAGGGCGACAAGAUGAUGCAAAGUGCGAUCCGGGAGGCUCGUUUCGAGGAUGGCGCCGAUCGAGUUUUCUAUACUUCAGAGGCCAAAGCAGCCGCUAUACGGGUGGCUAGCCAACUUGAGGAGGAAGGUCUCGCUAAGGUUGGGGACCGUGUGUUGGUAUGUGAUUUAGGUGGCGUGACCUGCGAUUACACUGUAUUUCGUGUAUCCACAACAACAAACGAGCCGCACCACUUACUCUUUCAUCCGCUAAGUGAGAAGAGUACGAUGAAGCACGGCAGUCAUUUGAUUGAGGCCUCGUUCAUGCGUCACAUUCGCACGACACUUAAUCUGCCAAUCGGAAAGGGCCAGGUGGCUGCCAUGGCCUUGGAUCGCGCCCUUGAAGCCAAGCAUGGCUUCUCUGGCGACGAGGCUCCUGUUGUGUACCUCCCAUUUACCCCGCAGUAUAAGAGCCAAUGCAAGUACAAGCCGUCAAUUCAAUUUAACGAGCAGACCAGUCAUUUCACGUUCACUAGGGCUUCGGUCGACAAAGCAUUCGAUCCUGUCGUGAGGUCAAUCACCAAUGCCAUUUUGCACCACAUAUCUGCGUGCAAUGUGACCCAAGUCGUCCUCGUGGGUGGUUUCAGUCAAUCAGUCUAUUUGAGGAAGGAAGUCAAACGCCGCCUGCAAGACAUUGAUGAGGCCGAACGGCCGACUCUGCGCCAUCUAAAGGGCAACGAUGCUAUCACUGCCGUAGCCUACGGGCUGGCGCUGCGUGGAAGUAUGGUCUCUGCCCACAUGCAGUACCAGAGCAUCUGGGGCUACGAAUUGGCCGCACCCGUAAUUGAAAUGCGGGCAACAGGGCUUGAACCCCCAAGAAAACAUGCCUUUUGUGUGAUUCACUCGGGUCGAGCAAUAAGACAAGAGGGAAGCGUGCACUUGUGGCUCGCCGUGGAGGCUGGGCAAUGUGUACAAUCAGUCCUUAUCCGCCGUUUCACGGAAAUGCCAAACCGCGUCCAGGCGAUUGGUGAGCUCAAGCUCAACAUCCCCGAUAAAGCCCGUUGCGGGGUGUAUUAUCCCCCGGAUGCCGAAGCAAUUUUUUGGUACGAGUGCUUGGCAUCGUGGACGGUUUACACCGACGUUCGUGACCGCAUGAGGUGGAAGUUGAGCAUUCGAACCGACAAAGAGUGGGAGGAGGUAAACACCGAGGACCAUUUGGUAACGGAUAUGUCACCAUGGCAUUGA